UACCCCCCAAAAAGCCCAGAACGCGUUUGUCCGUUGCGCGGGUCCAAAGUGAGCUGUGGCGCAGCAGGCACCCACCACCACCACCGCCGCCUGCAUAACCGCCUGUCGCCUGUCACACCUCUCUGACGUCUCUGGCCCCUCGUGUCUCAGCGAUCUAGAUCCGUGGCCGGCCUAGACAGUCGCAGUCCCGCGUCGCCCACGUCUUCGCUCACUAGACCUCUACAUACAAUACAUACAUGCAUCCGCAGUCAUGACGGGCUCGACGCAUUUCUUAAAAACCAUUCUCGUGCCGCUCUUCCUCGCCGCCAUCCUCUAUGUCCUGCUCGCCCUUAUCAUCCUGCCCUUUGUGCGCCGCCACCGCAGCCGCUACAGCCAGUACCUGCCUGUUACCCCAGGCGUCACCGACUUCCCAACCUCUUGGCGCACAAAACUCUCAGACGCCCUCUAUGGCCUGUUUGCUCCUUCGGCCUGGGUGAGACAGCGCGGCGUCAUCCACGGAAACAGCCAGAACGAUGAUGAGCUCUUUGACGACGAAGAGGGCGAGGGCAUGGUCGGCUUUGACCCGAUUGACGAGAGGAGGAGAGAGGCCCUCGAGCAGCGCAGAAGCAUGAUGGACGACGAGAUUCGUCUUGGCAGGGACCUCGAAGAAGGCUUCAAGGACGACAGCGAGGAUGAGAGCGAUGACGACACCCGCCCUUCUCGCUCACGGCACCCAUGACACCACUGCUUCCACUGUCCAUCUCACAAAAGACCCCUUCUUCACCUUGCAUUUACCUAUAAUCUGAUUCUUUUCCUUGGCCUCAUACC